UCGGAGGCGCUCGUUGGAUUUAUCCAGUGCGCACCGCGGCGUCGCUUCUCGCCUCACUGUACGGACUGUUGCUACGUCCGGAGCGUACACCUGCCGGCGCGGGGCGUUAAUGGGAGAGAAAAGGCGCUGGAAAGCAGCAAGCAGAGAGCGCCGGUCUGAGGGGGACGUUUAAAAGAGAGCAGAGGAAGAAGAAGCGGCCGGAAGGGCGGGAGGAACGGACCAUGGCCUCAAAGGAGACCACAUCAGCGGGUUUCGUCAACGUCAGCAGGGAAAUCACAGAGAGCAUCAGGAAGGUGCUGGAUAAACAGGCCAUUAAGUUUGUACGUGCCAUCAAGCAAGAAACCAGAAGCGGCAAAUCUGAGGACAGAAUCCUGGUCCUGGCAACAUGGAGACUGUAUCUCUUUGCUGUCAAAGUGCCCACCAAGGUGGAGGUCACUUUCAACUUUCUGGAAAUCAGAGCAAUGAACACCUACCCAGAACACCAGGUUAUCAUUGAUACUGACAAGACUACCUACACACUGAGACUACAGACUCAGGACCAGCUGGAUCACAUGGUCAGCCACAUCAACUAUGCCCUCUCCAGAGUCUUCAACAACUCGAUUUAUGCUCCUCCUAUUUGUCGAGCAGAGGGAGAUAUGCCCGAUGAAAGUCACAAGUUUUCACCAAGUUCAGAAUCGUCAUUGGAGCCUCCGAAAACCUGCGGUGGUUUUUCUGAGACAUACGCUGCUCUUUGUGACUACAAUGGAAUUGGCUGCAAAGAAGAAGUUCAGUGGGAUGUAGACACAAUCUACCACUCUCAGGACAACCGAGAGUUCAACUUGCUGGAUUUCAGCCAUCUUGACAGCAGGGACUUGGCAGUGAUCGUGGCAUCCAUUGCUUACAACACCUGGUUCACCAAGCUGUACUGCAAAGACAUGCGCAUAGGGUCAGAGGUGAUUGACCAGGUUCUGCACACAAUCAGCAAGUCCAACAGUCUGGAGGAGCUCACGUUGGAGAACGCAGGACUCAAAUCAGAUUUUCCACAGAAGAUGGCGUCGGCGCUGUCUGAGAACCCUUCCUCUGUAAUUCACUCUCUCAACCUGGCUCAUAACACACUUGACAACCAAGGAGUCUCCAACCUGAUUCAACAGGUCUGCCGACUCAACAAGGGUCUGCGCCUCCUCAAUCUCUCCAAGACCUCUCUCUCCUCCAAGGGUGUUGUCUCUUUGUCCCAGGCUCUGUGUUCAAGUGAUGACUACUCCAAUUCUCUGCUGCACCUGGACCUCAGCAAAAACCCUGGAGUUCUGUCUGGAGAGGAUGCCACAAACCUGUACUUGUUCCUGGCACAGCCCAACUGCCUGGUCCAUUUGGAUCUGUCUGGGACAGACUGCACUGUGGACUUGUUGUUCGGGGCCUUGCUGCGAGGCUGCUGUGCUGACCUUUCCUACCUGAAUCUCUCCAAGAAUUCCUUCUCUCACAGAAAAGCGAGAGACUCUUUGCCAACUUUCCGCCAGUUCUUCAGCUCAGCAUUCAGCCUGACCCACGUCAGCCUGGCCUCUAUGAAGGUCCCCCCUGAUUCACUGAGGGCUCUGUUCCUGGGUUUGUCCAAUAACCCUCAUAUCUCAGAUUUACACCUGGACAUCAGCGGCUGCGAGUUAAGGUCAGCAGGUGCUGGAGUGAUUCAGGAGCUGUUUCCUCGAGUUUCAUGCGUGGGGACUUUAGACAUUUCUGACAAUGGUUUGGAUGCUGACUUGCUGGCUGUCAUCCCAGCACUCUCACGGCACCCCUCUCUCAAACACCUGCUGUUGGGGAAGAACUUCAACAUCAAGGGCAGGGUGCUGGAUGAAAUCCUGCAGAAACUGGUUCAUCUGGUGCAAGAAGAAGAGUGUGCUCUACAGUCCCUCUCCUUGGCAGACUCGAAGCUUCGCCAGCGGGGCACAGUGCUGGUCAACGCCCUGGGCUCCAACGCCUGCCUCCGGAAGGUGGAUCUAAGUGGCAACCUUCUGGAAGACUCCGGAGCCAAGAUGCUCAGCAAAGCUCUGCAGAUCAACACAACCCUCAGAAGUGUGACGUGGGAUCGCAACAACACCACUGCAACAGGCUUCCAAGACGUGGCGAGAGCUCUGGAGCAUAACUUCACCCUGCAGUACAUGCCUCUUCCUCUCAGUGAUAUCAGUCAGGCGUACCGCAGCGCCCCAGAAAAGACCGAUCAAGCCCUGGCCAAGAUCCAGCGUGCUCUGCUUAGAAACAACCAGACUCAGCGUUUCUCCCAGAAACAGGCUCUCAGGCUGCACCAAGGCCUCGUCACCAGUACUGCUGAACAGGUGAUGGAGCGUCUGUGUGUGCGGGUGCAGCAGCAGGUUUGUGUCCUGAAAGGCUGCGAGGAAGGAGAAGAGGUCCAGACGGCCAGACAAAUCCUCAAAGAAGCUAGGAACUCAAGAGCUCUGUAUCCGUCUCUGUGUGAGUUGGCCCAUGUGUUGUCAGUGGACGGCCCAGUCAAACAACGCCUGGACAUUCUGUCCGGAGAACUGGCCAAGGCUGCUGACAAAGAACUGCAGGUGGUGGUGGACUCCAUGGUGUCUUUAUGUCGGGAGUUAUGCCCCAUGUCCUGCUCAGCCGCUGAGAGACUCAGCCCGCCGCUGUCUUCCAUCUCCGAACAAGUUUCCAUCCCUCGCUCUGCCAUUCGCAACGCCCUGAUGGAGAGAGCCUCUGAGGAUGUCAACCGAGCCCUGGAGGAGGUGAAGCUGUCUGUGGUCUCCUACCUGACCAACUCCAUAGUGGAUCAGAUUCUGCAGGAGCUCUACACCAGUCAUAAAACCCUGGUACUGCUGCGGCAGAUAUCUCAAGUCAAGCGUUGGGAUGAUGUCGGGACUGGCAGAAGGACGGUCAGACAGUCGAGAUUAGUUGAGUCUCUGGAAUUCCCUGAUGAGGAAUUUGGUGUCACCUUGGGAAUUGACACCAUGGCCAUCAAGAAGCGGAGCUCCAGAACAAGACGGAUUCGCCCCGUCUCCACUAAACUGAGUUUAGGUGAUGAGCCCAGUCCCUCCCCUACACCGUCCGCUCCUCCCCACUCUGCUUCUCUCACUCACUCGGCAUCGUGGGAGUGUCUGUCCACACUCCCCACAAACGGUUCGCCCUUACGCCACGUGACCCACGUCAGGCCACGCCCACCACGGAGACACAGAGCUGUACACCUUCCUCCUGAAUCCCAUUGCUCUGAGAACGGAGGAGUCAGUAUGCUGGAGGAUGGACUGCCGGAUUUCUACAGCAAGAGAGUUUUACCCGACAGUCAGUUGUCAUCCCUUCAUCAGACCCAGUCGCUGAGGAGGAAGAAAAGACGCAGUGUGUUGUCGAUUUUCUCCGGCUUCCGCAAGAACCGAAACUCCACCAUCUCUAAUCAGGACUCGGACUGCGCCUCAGAGAAUGUCUACUCAAUGAUCCAGCACCCUAAAGACAUUGUGAGGCCGGAGAGCUCUGUUUCUGGGGCAAACGGGGCCAUGCCUUCACCCCGGCUAACUCCAGGUCUACCUGUUCAUGGGUCGAGGGCUGCCAGCCCCCCCUGUCUCAUGCAACGACAGUCUACAGAUCUGGUCAGCAUGGUGUACAGCUGUAUUGGGGCAGAAAUUGAGGACUCCGAUGGCAGCAGUAACAGUGACAUUAAAUCAUCUGACAACGAUGCUGACCAAUUGAUCGGCAUCUCAGAUGGCCCAACAGAAACCCGGACUAAUGGCCAUGUGGUGUCCUCAAUGCAGCAGAUGGAGACGGGCAGACAGGAGAGGAUUGUUCCCCUGACAGACUUACGGACUGAGAUGGAGGAGGAUGUACAGAGUGGUGGCAGCGGCAGGCCAGAGCCACCUCCACAGAGCACCAAGCCCAGUCUGGCUGUGAUGAGGCAGAGACACCUGCAGGAGAGUUUAGAAGAGGCAGGAAGGCUGGAGGCAGACGACCAAAGUGAAAGAAUUCAUGAGGAGAAGCAGAGAGGCCGAGGACCAGAGGGGCAGCGUCCUCUCAUUCCCAAAAAGCCCAGCACAGACCUCUCCAGAGACAAGACCUCUCCGGAAAAGACCAAGACUUCUCCCAAAGCCUCAUCCGUCACACCAGAAGUACAAACCAAUGACCAGAGGGGUCUGCAUCCUGCUCAGCCAAUCAGUGAAGAGAACGAGACUGAGGACGAGAGUCUAUUAGCGUCUAUGAAGCCUGGAACAGAGGCAGCCAAUCUGCCCUCCAUGUCUUCUGCUACAGAUGAGGAAGAAGGUCGUAACGGACUCCCAGCAACAUUGCGUCACACCAGGAAGUCCAAUUCCUUUGACAUAGGCAUGGAACAGGACAUCCCCUACGAUCUGGACAGGUCUUCAGAUCGCAGAUUCCCUGUGAAAAAGCCCCGUUUCCCCCAGUACAGAAACAGAUCUCUGGACUACCCUGCAGGGACCAGGUGUUACGAAAGCCCCCAGCUUGGUAACAGAGAUGCAUUAUGACGUUACCUGAGGACCGGGAGGAGACUGCUGGGAAGAAAAGACUGGAACACGGAGGACUGGAGCGAGACAAGCUUUUAAAGCUGUAUGGACUCAGCUGAUAAGGGGUUUAACAACAACUUAUUUUUCUUCUUUUAUUCCAUUUGUUGCUGAAAAUGCAUGAACUGUAUACUUUUUUUUUUUUCCAACUGCUUGAACUUACUCUGGUUUUCCCAUGCAUAAGGUUUCACAAAAACACAGUGGUUCUCUCUCCAGUAUGCUUAUGAACUGUUUUAUGCAUUUUUGUGCAAAUCAUUUAAUAAUGAAAUCUAUCUUUUCACCCUCCCUCCUUCUUUUACUGACAAUCUGUGACUACUAAAAGUGAGUUUGUACUGUAUUUAUUCUAGUGAGAGGUAGAUAAUUAAUAUAAAACUGCACUAACCAUUGUGGUAACUUUACCAAGUAACAAUCAUGUUUUUAUUUGUGAUAUUGAAUUUGUUUGUAAGUUUGCUUUUGGUGUAUGCUGACUGAUGACUGAGAAAUGUCUUACCAUUAAUUUAGCUUUCCCAUCUCUUCAGGAGUAUUUAAAUCAGUCAGUGAGUCGUUUUAAUCUGAUUUUAUUGGCCUGAAAAUUAGUAUAUUUUCUAAAGAUGCUUCUAUGAAUCAGAAUUAAUAAAAUUGACUUUACAGAAGGAAA